CAUGAUGUGCUCAAUUUUGAGGCCUGGGAAGCAGUCGAGUGACCAGCAUGCUGUCGUACCGCAGCGUGGACAUCCGUAAGUCGCUGCAGCUGGAGGAGCUGCUGGCGCGGGAGGAGCUCGAGUACAUCAUCGAGGAGGAGGUGGCCAAGCAGACCAUCAGGUCCUGGCUGGACGCCUGCCUCAAGAGGACGCGUGCCAAAGAGAAGGACCGCGGCCACGUGUCGCUCCUGGAGGGCCUGCGCGCCACCAACGAGCCUUCCUUCCAGCUCCUUGAGGACAGGAAGGAUACGGAGAAAGAGACUGCAGUCAAGGUGGGGACUUGUUAAGAGACUGCCGUCAAGGUGGGGACUUGUUAAGAGACUGCAGUCAAGGUGGGGACUUGUUAAGAGACUGCAGUCAAGGUGGGGACUUGUUAAGAGACUGCCGUCAAGGUGGGGACUUGUUAAGAGACUGCAGUCAAGGUGGGGACUUGUUAAGAGACUGCAGUCAAGGUGGGGACUUGUUAAGAGACUGCCGUCAAGGUGGGGACUUGUUAAGAGACUGCAGUCAAGGUGGGGACUUGUUAAGAGACUGCAGUCAAGGUGGGGACUUGUUAAGAGACUGCCGUCAAGGUGGGGACUUGUUAAGAGACUGCAGUCAAGGUGGGGACUUGUUAAGAGACUGCAGUCAAGGUGGGGACUUGUUAAGAGACUGCCGUCAAGGUGGGGACUUGUUAAGAGACUGCAGUCAAGGUGGGGACUUGUUAAGAGACUGCAGUCAAGGUGGGGACUUGUUAAGAGACUGCCGUCAAGGUGGGGACUUGUUAAGAGACUGCAGUCAAGGUGGGGACUUGUUAAGAGACUGCAGUCAAGGUGGGGACUUGUUAAGAGACUGCCGUCAAGGUGGGGACUUGUUAAGAGACUGCAGUCAAGGUGGGGACUUGUUAAGAGACUGCAGUCAAGGUGGGGACUUGUUAAGAGACUGCCGUCAAGGUGGGGACUUGU